AUGCCAUUCCACAUCCCCGGCGUCGCUCACUUUCCAGGUGGCCUCCAAAGCGAUGGCCACACGAACAAAGUCCCGAAUGCACAGGCACCCAAGGCCCGCCAACCCGGAUCCUUCCGCGACAAUGUCUUCUUCCCAACAAAGUCCUUGCCUGCAUAUACAGGCCCAUACCCAGUCGGCACCAUGGAGAUAGAGGUCCCGGCCAAGAACCCCCGGACCUUCUCGGGUAUCAAACGGAAUGGCAAACACCUGCUGCAACUGGAGACCGUGCUCAUGACGGUCUACUACCCGGCCGCGAAUCGCCGUGACCCAGGAGGGAACCAGCCACCACAGUCGAACGGUGGCAAAGUUUCUCGGGAGCUCUGGCUCGGGAGACCGAGAAUCAACAUGGCCAAAGGUUAUGGGAGGUUCGCUGGAGUGGGGAGUUUGGCUGUACCUCUCUUUCUCCCAGCGAUGUUUACCAAAUUGCCUGCUUACCGGAAUGCGCCGUUAGCGGACUACUGGGCCCCUGAAGUCGACACCAAGACCGAAGGCGUGCAUGUCAAGGCUAAGCAAGGUGACAAGCCGGAGGGAGCACCUGACGAGCCGGUGUUCCCGCUUAUCCUGUUCAGCCACGGGUUGGGAGGAACCAGAACCAUGUACAGCUCAAUCUGCGGCGAGUUCGCCUCUUACGGUUUCAUAGUCUGCGCGGUCGAGCACAGAGAUGGUAGCGGGCCGAGGAGUUACGUCAAUCAUACGAAACCUCCUCCAGACCAUAUAAGCGGUAGUAUGACGGAUAGGGAGCAGACGUCGAAGACGACUGACGGUGGUGGCGUCGAACAUACUAAGGAGCAGAGGAAAAAGGGCUACGACAUGAUUGACUACGUCUUUCCCAAAGACAAUCCUUGGGAUACAUCUCCUAAUGACAAAAAGGGUGUCGACCACGAGUUGCGAAACGCACAGAUCGAUUUACGUUUAGCAGAGCUGGAAGAAGCCUACUUCAUCAUGCAAGAAAUCCACCGCGGCGAAGGUUCUUACGUCGCCGAACGCAAUCUCCGCAAGAAAGGCUACAAAGGAAGUCCAUCCCGUGGUCUUGGUGGCGUAGACUGGAAUCGAUGGAAAGGUCGGUUUCAUCUAGACAACGUCACGGCUUGCGGGCACUCCUUCGGCGCGGCGACUGUGACGGAGAUGCUCAGGCACGGCGACAGGUUUAGCUCUAUCUCUCAAGGAAUCAUCUACGAUAUCUGGGGCGCUGGAACCAGGCCUUCGGCUCCGGAGGAAGAACCGGAACAUCGGAUCCACAGCCCUCUCCUCGCGGUCAACAGUGAGGCGUUCACAUACUGGCCAUCCAACUUCGAGCUCGUGGAUAGUCUGAUCAAGGAAGCGCAAGCCGGCCCAGACGAGAGUCCUUCCUGGCUCAUCACUUUGAGAGGCACAGUUCAUGUCUCGCAAUCCGACUUCUCACUGCUGUACCCACACGUCUGCUCGCUCGUCCUCAAAAUGGUCGCGAACCCACAGCGCGCUCUCGACUUGAACAUCAACGCCAGUCUAGAAUUCCUCUCCCACGUCCUCCCUGCAGAGCUCGCGCAAGUAAACCGUGCCUACCGCAACGAAGGACUCCUCGAAACAGACCCGAGCCCUCUCGACCGGAUUCCCUCCACGCAGCUUCACAGGCCGAACGACAAGUGGAUGGCGGCGAGGUUGCAGAUCAAGCAUGAGUGGAUCUGGCGGAUCUCUCCCAGUCUCUGGAAGACAGUGCAUGGGCGAUAUACGAAGAAACAUGGAAAGGAGCCGGAGACGUUCCAGGAGAUCUGGUUGCAUGCCAAGCCGACGCCGGAGAGUAUUGCGAAGCACCUCGAGAACACCGAGGGCCGGUCGAACGAGAGGAAAAAGAAGUUUGAAGGGGCGCUGCCGAUCACGGCAGAUGCGGCGGACCACGAGAGGGGUGAGAGGGUCGUUAUGAGUCCGAAUGGGGUGACAUCAGGGCCGUGCUGGGGAGGUGGGCAAGGAUUACAAAAGAUGAGUGGCUGA